AUGGAUAAAAUAACUUCAAAACGAAUUAAAAAUAAUGUUUUAAAAAUUGAAAAAAGUUGUAAUGGUGAAAAGAAAAAUUUAAACAAAAGAAAAGUAAACAUGAAUAAAAAAAAAGGUGUUUUUACAAAUGAAUUGAAAAAUGAAGAAACUAUUAAAAAAAAUUUAAAAAAAGUUAAAAAUGACAAAAUUUCGAAGAAUACAAAAGAAAAAUUAGUAUCGACCUAUUUAAUUAACACAAGAAGCAAAGAAAAUCUUAAAAAAGAAACAAUAUUUAAAGAAUUAGAUAAAGAAAAAAGAAUGGCUAAUGUAAAUAGGGCAGCUUCAUUUAAAGGGAGAAAAAUUAUUGUUCAAGAUGAAAAUGAUUUAAAUGUUUGGGUAAAUAAUAAAAGUGAUAGUUUGAACAAUUCAAAUUAUAAUAUGAUAAACACUUUCCAAAAUGAUAUUAAUAAUGAUAAAUAUAAUAAUUUAAUAACGAAUAAUAAUAAUACUAAUUCUAAUAAUAAUAAUAUUAAUGAUAACAAAAAUGUGUUAAAUCAAAAUAAUUAUAUAAAUAUGAAGAAUAACAUAGAAUACAAUUUGUUGAAUUAUAAAAAAUGUAAAUUAGACAAAAUUCAUUUACAGAAUUUUAAUAUGGAUAUUUAUAAAUCAAAAAAUGAAGAAAGUGUUGAAAAUAAAAAUAAAACAUAUAUUAAUGAUAAUGAGUACAUAAUGGAUAACGCAAUUCCAUUAAAAGAAAACAAUUUGAAAAAUAGUAAUAUUUUAGAAAUGAGUAAUAAAUCUUUUAAAAAUUCAAAAGGAUUCAAUGAAAUAUAUGACAUAAAUAAUUCAGAAACAUCCCUUUUGUUAAGUAGAAAUUCCAUUUACACAUAUAAAGAAGAUAAGGUUGAUAAUAACAUUAUGAAUAAUAAUAAUAAAAAUAAUACUAGUAUUAACAAUGAUAUUAACAUCUUAAAUAACAAUGAUAUGAAUAAUAAUAAGAAAAAUAAUAUGAAUAGUAUAAGUACUGAGGAGGACUCAAUGGAGAAAAACGAAUGUAAAAAUGAAGACGGUUUUAUUUAUAAAUAUAAAGAAAGAAAUAAAGAAUAUCUUGAUUCUAUUAAUUUACCAUUUAAUAAUAAAAACGAAGAAAAUAAAUAUUUAUUUAUGAAUUCUAUUCAAAAUAAAAACAUAUUAAAGAAUAGCAAAUAUAAUGAUGAGUUAUUCUCUAAAAAUUUAAUGAAUUUUGAAAAUUUUUGUUCUUAUAAAUUUAAAAAAAAUAUAAAUAAUAACAUAAUUAAUAAUAUUUGUAAUAUGUACGAAGAAGAUGAAAACUUUAAUGUUUUCAUUAAUAGAAAAAAAAGAGAAAAUGCUAGACUAAAAGAUGACUUUUUAAAGUUUAAAUCAAAUUCCUUUCUCACAUUAACAAAUGAUCAUUUUGAAGGAGAAAAAUUGUUUAAAAAACCUAAAAUUUCGUUGUAUAAUAUUUUGAUGAAAAAAAAUAAAUUUGAAGAAAUAUCAAAAAUAGAAAACAAACAAGACGAUAAAAUAUCUAACAUACUCCUAAAUCAUCAAGAUUUACUAAUAAAUAAAAGAGAAAAAAUAAUUAUAAAUAAUGACCUGAACACAAAAAGUAUAAUGAAAAAUUAUAUUAAAAAUUUUUGGUGCAUUAGUAAAAAAGAAUUUUUUGGAAAAUAUUCGGCUUCUUCUUUAAAAUUAGAAAAUAGAGAAGUUGAAAAGUUAAAAGAAUUAAUUCCAUUUAGAGAUAAUGAAAAUUAUACUAUUGAUGAUCUUUUUAAUGAAAAUAAUAAUAUUAUUGAGGAAGAAUUUCUCAUAAAAGAUUACAUAACUGAUGAAAAAUUAAAAAAUUUUAGUCUAGAUUUAAUAGAGGGUUUUUUAUAUGAUAAGCAAUCUUUAUAUGAAAGAGAAAUGAUAGAGAAUGAAAAAAUAUUUACUCAUAUUUCUUUUAAUCAUAAAAAUUACGAUGUAAAAAUAGAAAAAUUAUUAAAUUUAUUUCCUAGAGAUUUUAUGAAAAAAUAUAAAAUUGUCAAAAAAUUAGGAGAAGGAGUCUACGGUAAGGUAUUUAAUGCUGAAUCAUUAGAUGAUUCUUACUUAAGUUUUGCUAUUAAAGUUCUUAGAUACUUCUGGCCUAAUUUUAAAUAUAAAUUUGGUUCUGAAGAGUUUGCAAUAAAUGAAUUUAAUAUUAUGAGAAUUUUGUUCCAUCCUAAUGUUGUCUGUUUGCUAGACAGUUUUCGAGUUCACACCUAUAGAAAGGGGAAAAUGAAAGCUCAUCGAAAUCAGAAAACAAGAAACGAAAAUUUAUCGGCAGAAUAUGAUUUUAGUUUUCAGAGACAUCGAAAAGCAGAAAGAAUUCAAUAUUCUCCAUCAUUUGAUACUAUAGAAAGAAACAAUAAAUAUUUAAAUUUAAUUACAAAAAAUUAUGUAACUAUUGAAGACCUAGAGAAAGAUUUAGUAAUGUAUAAUAUAGAUAAAGAUAAUUUAAAUGAUAUAAAAUUUAGUACUUCUAAUAGGAAUAUUAAAAGUUUAAGAAGUUAUAAUAAUGAUAUCAGUCAUAACAGUAAUAGUCAUAGUUAUUCUUCUACAAUAUGUAAGAAAGAUUUAAAAAAAGAGAGAAGUAAUGAUAUUUCUUCUAGUCAUAUUAAAAAAAAAAUGAAAAUAACGGAAUAUAAAAAUUAUAUGAAUAAAAAUGAGUCAACUAAACUAAAAAAUAAAAGUAUAGAUAAAUUAAAAUUUAGAAAGCAUUCAAAAAAGUUAAAAAAAAUUGAGAGUAAAAAUAAUGAUUAUAUUGAAAAUUGGGACUUGUUCCUAGUAAUAGAAAAGUGUGACUGUAGUUUAAAUGAUAUUUUAAAUAAAGCAAAAAAAAAACAUUCAUUAUUUAUUCAGCAUAUUAAACAAUGUACAGCACAAUACUUACCUAGUGAAAGAAUAGAUAUGUGUUAUGAUCAUAUACAUAAUUAUGUAAAAUAUGUUUAUUUACCUUUGAAAAAAAUAGAAAAUCGUUCUUUUUAUCCUGAAGUGCCAUCUUUAACAGAAAUGCAAACAAAAGUAAUCAUAUAUCAAAUGUUACAAGGUAUAAAUCAUUUUCACAAAAAGUUUAUUAUACAUAGGGAUAUAAAACCUGCCAAUACACUUAUCAAAAAUAUUCAGUAUUUAUCAGAUGGUUUAAAUGAUUCUAAAGAAUGGAUAGUAAAAAUUGCUGAUUUCGGAUUAGGUGUAUAUGAUCAUUUCUUAAAAGCAGAAACAAAAGAUUGUAAUAUUAUCACUUUACAAUAUAGACCACCUGAAAUUUUAUGUAAUAGUACUGUUUAUAAUUACUCUGUUGACAUAUGGUCAGUUGGUAUAACUAUGUGUGAAUGCUUAUUAGGAUUUGUUCCAGUAACAUCUAAGUUCGAAUCAUCUGUUUUAUUUAAAAUUUUAGUUUUUAGGGGAUUACCAGACCAAGAAUUUGAUGAUUUACUAAAAAAAGAAUUUAUUGGUGAAUUACCAAAAUUUAAAACUGAUAGAAUUAAAAUGCUAAAAAUUAUUUUCACUGAUAUAUAUGGAAGAAGAAUUUUAGGUGAUGACGGUAUUGAUUUAAUUGAUCAAUUUUUAAGCUAUGAUUAUAAGAAUAGAAUUACAGCCAAUCAAGCAUUAAAACAUAAGUGGUUUAAAGAUGUUCAUCUCUAUUUAAAUGAAGAUUUAUUGAGGUAUUAUAAAAAAAAUGGCACUUACUAUUUUUAA